AUGGGGAACGAUCGAGGGUCGGGCUCACGACGGUUCAGUCGAGCUGGCAAAGGAAAAAUUCAUCAUUCUCCAACGGAGGUUAUUGGGCCAGUCCCAAGGUCUGCUGUCUCAAAAGGCACAACGGGCCCAGGAGAGCCAGAAAAGGGUCGACAAAGAACGAGAAAUCCUCAACAGAAGUUAGAAUUAGCUACGCUGCCACUUUUUAAAGACCCACCCACGUUGGCACGCCAGGAUGGCGCCACUGACUCGUGUUAUGCUAUCACCAAGCACGUAAUCCCAAAUGCCCCGCAACAGCUCCAAUCAGAAGGUCUUGGCCCUGUACCGCAGAAGAACAAAUCAGCCACAGAGAUAAGCGAUACGCACCAGCCUAUCUCUUCUAUCCGAAGCGUUGGAAUUGACACACAACGCAAAGCAGUUGCUGACGCUAACGGCAAUGCCCCAAUUACCAAGAAGAGUCGGGAUACAAAGCAGCACAUCAAUGGCAGUACAGAUGACAAAGGCUCUACAAUGCAGAGUGAAAAAGUCCAACCGAAAACUAAUUUUCGGCGUCUGACCCUAUCGCUGCCACGGAAACCCGAGUCUUGGGGGAAGCGAUCUGCCCGUAAAAAGAGUACUCUUCACCUCAAGACCGAAGUGGACUGGAACGAGGAUCUACGGCCAACUGAUGAUGAUUCAGUCCAUGCGAAUAGCAAAGAUGAGGGGACGUCGGUGUCUAGCCCGGAUCCUGAGUCGACGUACGAAUAUGUGGAGAAAUUAAAUCACAAACGGAAAGGAUCCAACGCUGAAACAAAUUCUGGUAAACGUAGAAAGCCUGCGAAACGCACAGCCAAUAUCAGAAGGGAAAGCAGUCAGCCGCCUCGACUGCACUUGACUUCACUAACUGCGGAGCACACUAUGUCACUAAAACCAGGAUCAAUUGCCUCCAAUACAAAGGUUGACCUUUUGCCAGGUGGACGGCCCCAAGAUUCCCUGUCCGCCCAAAAGUCACACGGGAGUGACCAGAAUGAACCAGCAAUUCAGCAGCAUGACAUUAUUGAAAUAACAAGCUCCCCAGUGGUAUCUGAAUCCACCAGCCUAGACCACGGCAUUGACGUGCUCAGAGGGCAAACUUACCGAGUGAUUGGAAAAAGGAGUGAUGGCAGAGGGAAGACUGUUGGCCAAAAGCUGGCUGAUGCCCUUCAUGGAGUACAGCUGAAUUCUCAACUUCGGCCUGCUGUUGAGACUACCUUACAUUCUACUCACAAGGAACAUGAUGGGAGUAAUCGCCAAGAGGCUGCUAGUCCCUCUUCACGCAUGCCUACUACCGAUGGGUCCCAAAGCCAAGAUUCGCAGGUACUGGACCAUGGCAUCAAACAGACACAAGUAAGCCUUGGUUUGGGACAAAAUAAGCAAGGAUUUUCAGGAGCCUUCCAACUGACCCGUGCCACACUGUUCACCUCGGAGAUGGCGAAUCUCUGCAACACCGAUGGAAGCGAGAUUGUUGCCAAACGCCAAGGGUUAUUGACUGGCAGAGACGUUGUUCACAUCAAAAUUGGCAGUCAUGGAGUGGAUGACUACAAUCCAACUCAAAAUCAUCUGCAAAAGAACCAUGCACAGGGGUCACUCGAGACGGUCGACGCGAUGAAAAAUGCUCUCCAAGGAGUCAUUCAGGCCCCUAGAGCUGUAUCGGAGUACGGUACAGAUAGCUCAUCCCAAAACUCACCGGAGACAGGAACAAAAACUUUGCCAGCUACAUAUUUCCGAAUUAGAAACAACGGGACCCAUCAAACCCCCGAAUCCCAGAAACCGCUUCUGAGACUGCAAACGCCCAUUCAAGCAACGGCUUCAAUUUUGGGAGGCUUCAAGACAGCUAUCAGAAGUAGUAUUGUUGAUUCAAAGGGUAGUCCCCGGCUUAUGCUGCAGGGUAACCUGGCGACUGAUAAAGCUCACUCACCUCUGAAAGAUGUCCAGCUGUCGAGCGAUGUCGAUAUUCCUGACCCCAGUUCCAGUAACUAUGACAAAGACUCGGAUGGAUACUCUCUUGACAGUUCUGAGGACGAAGUGUCAUGGUCCAAAUAUCAGCGUGACAUGUUCAUGGAGUAUGGCUUCCAAAAUGCAUCGACGAAGAAAAGCAGAGCAGAGUCGCCUCCACUCAAGGGGGCCUUUAACACGGAAAACAAUAAUGCAGUUCUUGACCAACAGAACACCAAAGGUUUAACAGUGGAACCAGUCCCAGGCACCUCCAUAAUACAUCAGUGUCAUGCUCAUGGAAUCGAUCAAAACCGGACUGCAGAAAUUGAAUCAGGCCCCAACCAGGUAUUUACAGAUGAGAUUCGUGCAUACGCCGACCGAAAUGCCGUGGCGCCUUUAUCUACGGAAGUGCUUAGGACCUCCAAGGCGGUUCCUGAAGCCCAGAAAUUUUCUCAGCCGAGCGAGUCUAACCCUCUAGACUGGAUCACAAGUCUGCAGGCCGCCCAAAAAAGUGCCCAUGACCUGCUUCUAGAGACAAACCAACGUUUGUCAAGUCAGCUUGCAGCAGAACAGGAGACGAUCCGCCAGGUUCUGCACAUCUAUCGACAGGGAUGCAAUCGUAUCCUCGAUGAUCUUUCCCAAGCCCAGCAAGUUCGCAUGGGCCUUUAUCAGCGGCAGAUGACAGCGGUGAAGGAGCAACAUCGUCAGAUUUGUCAAGAACUAGUUCUGGGUCUACAGGAUCUGGAUCAUCGGGUUCAAGGGGAAUAG